AUUGGAUAUAAUUGGGUUGUAUACAACUUGUAGAUAGAGACUUUUGUGUCUUCCCUUCAAAGUAAAGCCUUUCCCUUUCUCAUACCGGUAGCCUUUAUGAGGAGAAAGAACGAAAAACACAGCUAAGAUUUCCACUUUUGAGCAGCCUCUCUUGUAGAAACUGGAAUCCUUGAUGUGGGUUGGAAUCAAAAUCAAAAUGACGAACAAAACUCCCUACAUUUAACUUUGAUACUGUCUCCACCAACCCUCAUUUUCAUGGUUGAAAAGUAAAGUUGGUGGAGAUUCUUCUAAUGACCAAAAUACCCCCUUGAGAGGUUUCUUAUUACAUUACAUUUAUUACAUUUAUAUACAAUAUGUGAGGUGGGGUCUUUUUUGGCCUAAUGCUUUUGAUUUGUAUAAUAUUAUCCACCGACGGCUUCUUAAUUGGACUCACUAGUUAGCCGUUACACGCCAAUUCCCUCAUUUUCAUUAACAGCCAUUCUCAUCAACCAUGGUUUAGCUUGUCUUUUCUUAUUCACAUUGAAAUUUAAUAUAGCAUUAAAUGAUCACUGGCUAAUGAAAGAGAAAGAAAGACUCGUGGGGCAUCUUUAGCUUUGGUGAUCAUCAAUUCAAUUCUGCUAGACUACACGACCGAGUUUUGAAAUCAUGGUGGAAGCUACUAAAGACAUGGUAGCAGUUGAUGCCUGUUCUACAGAAGACUGCUUGUUGCACGCACAGGAACUUGUUCCUGUUGCUCUUGCUAAGGCAAGAGAGGUUAAGGGGUUCCCUGGUAGGUGGAAGAUGAUCAUUUCAAAAUUGGAGCAGAUUCCGACCCGUUUAUCGGACUUGUCUAGCCACCCUUGUUUCUCCAAGAAUGCUCUAUGUAAGGAGCAAUUGCAGGCUGUGUCAAAGACACUUAAAGAGGCCAUUGAAUUGGCCGAGUUGUGUGUGAAGGAGAAGUACGAGGGUAAGCUUCGGAUGCAGAGUGAUCUUGAUGCUUUAACUGGGAAACUGGAUUUGAAUUUGAAGGAUUGUGGUCUCUUGAUCAAGACUGGUGUGCUCGGUGAAGCUACUUUGCCAUUAACUGUGUUAGGUUCUAUGGCAGAAUCAGAUAUAGAAACACACAACAAUAUAAGAGAACUACUAGCGCGCCUUCAGAUUGGUCACUUGGAAGCAAAGCACAAAGCCUUGGACAGACUCUAUGAUAUUAUGAAAGAAGAUGAGAAGAAUGUUUUGGCUGUUCUUGGCAGGAGCAAUGUUGCUGCUUUGGUUCAAUUGCUCACAGCAACAUCUCCACGGAUAAGGGAGAAGACAGUUACUGUGAUAUGCUCUCUUGUGGAAUCGGGAAGCUGUGAAAAGUGGCUAGUUUCUGAAGGAGUUCUGCCACCUCUUAUAAGACUUGUUGAAUCUGGUAGUGCUGUUGGUAAAGAGAAGGCUACGGUAUCUCUUCAGAGAUUGUCAAUGUCGGCGGAAACAACCCGCGCGAUUGUUGGACAUGGUGGUGUUCGGCCCUUGAUUGAGCUUUGUCAAAGUGGUGAUUCUGUGUCACAGGCUGCUGCUGCCUGUACUUUGACAAAUAUAUCAGCUGUUCCGGAGGUGAGACAGGCUUUGGCUGAAGAAGGUAUUGUGAGGGUUAUGAUCAAUCUUCUUAGUUGUGGAAUUUUAUUGGGUUCCAAAGAGUAUGCAGCUGAGUGCUUGCAGAAUCUCACUUCAAGCAAUGAGAAUCUUAGAAGGUCUGUUAUAUCAGAAGGUGGUGUUAGGAGUCUUUUGGCCUACCUUGAUGGUCCACUUCCCCAAGAAUCUGCAGUUGGAGCAUUGAGGAAUCUGGUUGGAUCAGUGUCUGAAGAAACUUUGGUUUCUCUUGGUUUGCUUCCCCGUUUGAUUCAUGUCCUGAAGUCUGGAUCGCCGGGUGCGCAACAAGCGGCUGUGUCAGUCAUCUGCCGAGUUUGCAGCUCAAUGGAGAUGAAAAAAUUGAUUGGCGAAGCUGGGUGCAUCCCUCUUCUUAUUAAGAUGCUUGAGGCUAAAGCAAAUGCUGCUAGAGAGGUUGCUGCUCAAGCAAUUUCGAGCCUAAUGGUUCUGUCGCAGAAUCGGAGAGAAGUUAAGAAGGAUGAUAAGAGUGUGCCAAAUCUGGUCCAGUUGCUUGAUCCAAGCCCUCAGAAUAGUGCAAAAAAAUAUGCAGUUUCUUGCCUUGGAUCACUUUCUCCUAGUAAGAAAUGUAAGAAACUAAUGAUUUCUUAUGGGGCAAUCGGGUAUCUGAAGAAGCUUACAGAGAUGGACAUUCCAGGAGCUAGAAAGCUUCUGGAGCGGUUGGAAAGAGGGAAAUUGAAAAGCUUGUUCAGCAGAAAGUAGAGGAACUAUUGAAAGUUGCAAAUGGCUAUUUGUAUCAUGAAGCUUUUACUUUGUUACUCAUGUUCUCACCAGUGUUGUUUCAUUGUCUAUAUGAAACAAGUAGCUUAGCGUGUAAACUGUGGAAUGAGAAAGCUGGUAAUCUGUGUAAUAUUCAAUGCUUAGAUUAUAUAAUAUUUUAUCUUUCUGUAUC